AUGGCCGACUGUCCCAGUGGAAACUGCAGUGUGCGAGUUCUUACCCGCGAACAAAAGCGUCAAGAAUUCGAAUACGACCCCGCCAAUCCCCAGGAGACCUGGCAAGACUUCCGAUGGAGAAUACUCAACAUCAGUCACGGAUACCUUGAAGGUCAUUGGGACAUGCCGUUUGUUGAACAGGGCUUGCACGACUUGUGGGACGAGCUCAUCCACGUAGCAAAAAGACACCCUGCGGGCAGUGCCGAACAUGACCGACUUGUGACACUGAUUCUGGACGUUCAACAGUGCGGGCCCAUCGAGCGCAAGAAAAAGGACGCCCCUGCCGAUGCGGAACCAGAACCGGUAGUCUUGCCCAAUGGGCAGCGCCUGUGGAGUGAUCUGCCCUAUCUUGUUCAGGAGUUUCAGGAUGCCUGGAUGAAGGAGUCCAUGGGUUAUACGGCAGCGCAGCGAGAGGGAGUAGCGGCGCUCACGGCUAGACUCUGUGCUGUUGGAGUUUUCCCGUCCGAGCUGGGCCGUUGCGCGCUGUGGCUGUUCAAGGAGACGUUUGAGACGGAGAGACCCUUAACGCGGGCCGAGGGAGAGCGACCAAGCUUCAAGCUGGUCACAUUCACAGUAACAAAUCAUGACUACCCACCUCCAUCUAUGGGUGAUGACGUCCAAGCUUCAACUGCACCGGGAGACCUCGCUCCCCGGUCUGAGUUCCCCUGCAGUGGCUUCAGUAUUCCCCGAUGGGUCUUCUGGAGGCGACGCUACAAACACUUUUAUCAUUGUGGCAACGAACAGAUUGCCAAGCUGGCCAGGGCUUGCUUUGAAGAGGCGGUGUUUAAAGGGGCGAGGAUGGGCAUUGAACUCCCUGGCGAGAAAAUAUUUCUCGUCAGGAUCUUUGAAGCUCUUGAUCUGGAGAUGGCCGCACGAGGCAUGCCAGGGAGUGUGGAUCCUGAAGACAUUGAGAUUGACAUGGAUUGGGCCGAGGAGGAUUGA